CGGAGAUGAGGUCACAUCGAUGCUUGGGGCAACCUGAAACUGGUUGUUUCCUUGUUUUAGUCUACCUUUCUGCGGGAAUCAAACGAUUAAUUAUUACGUCUUAGAUUUUGAAUUGACAUGUGAUUUUCAUUUGUGAAGAAAAAAACUUGCCUCACAAACGUAAGGGAACUAAUGACACUAAUUGUGCAAUGACCAGGUUUCGGUUCGCGUUUUUAAUCUAGUUUCAUGUCGCCGCUCACCUGUUUUGGGUGGAAGAAGUUACUUUUUGAUAAGCUAUAUGAAGCUUAUUUUGUAUUAUCAUUAGCCUUUUAAAAUAAACAAGUGGAAAAACUUUAAUUCGUUAAAUAAGGAGGCAAGUAGCGACGACAAAUUUGUUAUUUUAAGAUUGAGAAAAGUUGGGCGUUUUCGCCAGUUAGGCUACUUGAAAGGAAUCAUUGUUUUCCAAAUGACUACCUACCAAAUGUAGUGAAUGUCUAGCCAAACUGUUUCAGUCUGUCGCUGGUGGCGAGCAAUGAUUUUAUAUUUAUUUUUAUCGUGCCAAUUUAUUCAAUAUGGGAUGACCGCUUGUACGAGGAGGAUUUUGCGGGUCAUAAACGCAGAGGACUCAUCCAGUGAAGUUUUUGUGGAAGAGGAGGGGGCGAAUGCAUUUUUAGGACGCCACCUGUUGUUCAACAGAUUCGACUUUGAGCUCUUCACUCCUGGAAAUCUUGAAAGGGAGUGUAUUGAAGAAGUCUGUAACUAUGAAGAAGCUCGAGAAAUUUUUGAAAGUAAUUCAGCAACAGACGAUUUCUGGAAAACAUACUCUUAUGAUCAAGUGAAGCCGCCCUCAAGGCUAGACGUGACUGCCCUUCUGAUCGGCCUCAUCGCAGCCGGCGUCACCAUCAUCAUCAUCGGCCUGCUGCUGUGGUACUGCUGUCACCGGGCGUACAUGCUCGGCAGAUCACCUGGGUCCUCCAGGGUCCGCACGGGGAGGAGCAAUGCCUCCCUGAUCCUCCGGAGGCUGGAGGAGGUCUCGCUGCAGCCCGUGCUCCCACCCGCGGAAGAGAUGGGGCCCCCCGGCCUCCCCUCCUACGAGCAGGCCAUCGCUAAAUCCGGACAGCACGACGCCCCUCCCCCGCCAUACCCAGGAUCCUGUUCCGGAAGCAUUCGACGGUAGCAAGCCGUGAGUGAUGAAGAAGAGGUCUUGGAUGUUGUAUUUUUAUCUGUCUACACAAGUAUUUAUAGUUUUUGCAAUUUGACUGAUAUGCUAAUAUUACAUGAAACAUAAAUGCCACUUGUACAGUAUAUAAGCAUGCAGUUAGGAUUUUAUUGGAUCAUAUCAUCAGUGCUUAUUUCCAAGAGAUGAAACCGAUAAGGAGAAAUACAUAAGUACAGUUUUUUUUAUUCUCCGAAUUGUAUUUCAGUGAAGAAAUGUACAGUAACAGAGCAGCAAUAUUUGUUCCUCAGAUAUUUUUAACCAGUACUUUUAAACGUAGGUUUUAAUGUGUAUUAAAUGUUGUAUUCCAUUUA